UUGUAAUUAUACCUUGAAAUAAAUAAUGAGCAGUGCAUCUGUUAUUGAAGCUAAACUUGAAGCCGAGUCAAAGGCUUUCCAAUUAUUACAAAAAGAACUUGCUCUUGUCAUCGAGUCAAGACAACGUUUGGAAUCACAACAACAGGAAAACGAACUUGUCAACACCGAAUUCGAGCAUUUGGAUGAAGAGAGCAACAUUUACAAACUUAUCGGACCUGUCCUUGUCAAGCAAGACAAGUCUGAAGCUUCUACCAAUGUCAAGAACAGAUUGAACUUAAUCUCGAGUGAAAUUAAACGUGUGGAAACCCAAUUAAACGAUUUAACGAAAAAAUCAGAAGCCAAGAAGAACGAGAUUGGACAAUUGCAAAUGCAAUAUCAACAAGUGGCUGCUAAGAAAUAAAACCAAUAAAGACU